GGUUUCCCGCUCGGUGAGCGCUGCCCGCCAUGUCACGCUUCUUCCAAGCGCUGCGCCGUGCCGGUAGGGAGCGGGAGGGAGGGAUGGGAGUGCAGCAGGACGACGUGGGCCAAUGGGGGCUGACAGGCAUUAAGCUUCGUCCGUAUCAAUUAGAUGGUGUAAACUGGCUGGUGCAAUGCUACCAAGUCCAGCAUGGCUGUAUCCUGGGCGACGAGAUGGGUCUUGGGAAGACUUGUCAGACUAUUUCACUACUUCUUUAUUUGACAAAAAAACUAGCGAACAAAGAGAGAUCCCUGAUACUUUGUCCUCUGUCUGUUCUGAGCAACUGGAAGGAGGAGCUGGAGAGGUUUGCUCCAGGUCUCUCUUUUGUCACGUACAUCGGCAACAAGGAGGAACGAUACAAACUGCAGCAGAACGUGAAAGAGCAACCUCACUUCCACGUGCUCUUAACAACAUAUGAGAUCUGUAUGAAAGACGCAGCGUUUCUCAAAUGUUUUGAUUGGGCUGCCUUGGUUGUAGAUGAAGCUCACAGACUGAAAAAUCAGAACUCUCUGCUUUAUGAGACACUUACUGAGCUCUCAGUAGGUUUCAGCCUGCUACUCACAGGAACUCCAAUCCAGAACAGCCUCCAAGAACUGUACUCCUUACUCAGCUUUAUUGAACCUGAUAUUUUUCCUAGAAAACAUGUGAAAGAGUUUGUUGAGUAUUACCAAGCAGUUGAAAAGGAGAGUGAGCCAGCCAAAGAAUUGCACAAUCUUCUGCAACCAUUUUUGCUUCGAAGAGUCAAGUCUGAGGUGACAGCAGACCUUCCAAAAAAGGUGGAAGUAGUUUUAUACCACGGAAUGUCAGCUCUGCAGAGGAAGUACUACAAAGCUAUUUUGACCAAAGAUUUAGAUGCAUUUGAAGGUGGAACGGGAAGGAAGGUCACGCUUCAGAAUGUCUUAAUACAGCUUCGGAAGUGUGUUGCCCACCCGUAUCUUUUCAAUGGUGUUGAACCAGAGCCAUUUGAGAUUGGAGAUCAUAUCAUUGAAGCCAGUGGCAAACUGUGUUUGUUGGAUAAACUCCUUUCAUUCUUGUAUGAUGGUGGCCAUCGUGUCUUGCUCUUUUCUCAGAUGACUAAACUGCUUGACAUUCUGCAAGACUACAUGGACUAUAGAGGCUAUAGCUACGAGCGGCUGGACGGUUCUGUAAGAGGUGAAGAGAGACACCUUGCCAUUAAGAACUUUGGUCAGCAGCCCAUCUUUGUCUUCCUACUGAGCACCAGAGCAGGAGGAGUUGGCAUGAACCUGACGGCAGCAGAUACAGUUAUUUUUACUGACAGUGAUUUUAACCCACAAAACGACUUGCAAGCGAUAGCAAGAGCUCACCGGAUUGGGCAGCACAAGCCUGUAAAAAUUAUCCGCUUGAUUGGACGAGAUACAGUUGAAGAAAUCAUCUACCGAAGAGCUGCUUCCAAGCUUCGUCUGACAAAUGCCAUUGUAGAAGGAGGUCAGUUCGCCUUGGGAGUACACAAACCUCAGGAAGCAUCAGAUUUACAGCUGAGUGAAAUCCUGAAAUUUGGCUUAGAUAAAUUGCUGUCCUCUGAGGGAAGCACUGUCCAGGAUGUGGAGCUGGAAAACAUCCUUGGGGAGACGAAAGAAGGGAAGUGGGUAAUGGAUGUUGUUCUGCCACGUGAAGAAGAGAGGAAGGAGGAUGAUACAGAAAAUCACAUGUAUGUGUAUGAAGGCAAGGAUUAUUCAAAAGAACCCAGCAGAGAAGACAAAAAAGCAUUUGAUCAGCUUUUGGAUCUGCAGAAAGCCUUAAUUGAAGAGACCAGUAAAGAAGGGAGAGCUCUCCGGAACAAAGCAAAUACUCUUCUUACAGGCCUCCGGGACCAGUCAACCAGGAGGAAGCACUUGUUGAGCACAGAGGAGCUGGAGGCUCGGAGGAAGAAGCGCCAAGAAGCAGCUGCGAAGAGAGCAAAGCUUAUGGAGGAAAGGAGGAAGGCAAAAGCAGUGGCAGAGCACAUGAAAAAGAUGGCCUGGUGGGAGUCAAAUCAUUACACAUCUACCUGUCUCCCUUCAGAGGAAAGCGAGUCUGAGGAAGAGUUUGAGGAGGGAGAGGCUGGGCUGAAUGUGGAUUUGGAUUACAGAGAUGUGGACCUAAACUGUAUCAAGUACGUCAUGGGAGAUGUCACCCAUCCCAAAGCAGAAGAGGAAGAUGCCAUCAUUGUCCACUGCCUGGAUGACUCUGGCCGCUGGGGAAGGGGUGGUUUAUUUACAGCUCUGGAAUCUCGUUCUGAUCAGCCAAGAAAAAUAUAUGAGAUGGCAGGGAAGAUGAAAGACCUGCAGUUAGGAGGAACCCUGUUAUUUCCCAUUGAUGAUAACAAAUCCAGGAGAAAAGGACAAGACUUGUUGGCCUUGAUUGUAGCUCAGCACCGGGAUCGGUCCAACAACUUGUCUGGCAUCAAGCUGGCUGCUUUGGAAAAGGGCCUGAAGAAGAUUUAUUUAGCAGCUAAGAAAAGGAAUGCAUCGGUGCACUUCCCACGUAUUGGGUAUGCAACAAAAGAUUUCAACUGGUACGGUACCGAGCGGCUCAUCCAGAAGUACCUGGCAACACGGGGUGUCCCCACACUCAUAUACUAUUUCCCUAGGAAUAGAGGGUCUGCUUCACAGCCAUCUUCAUCAGUAACGGCCUCAAAGCCAUGAAGAUACAAUAUUUGCUUGAGAAACAUGCACAAAACCCAAGGAUCUCUUUAACUUCACGUAGACAGUCUUUGGUUUGCAUCCCCUUCAGAAACAUGUCUCACACAGCCAUUUCUUAUCUCUGUACCUCUCUGCUUUUAUUGGUCAUAACGUUUAUAUAUCAUCAGUGGCUCUAGAAUGGAAUUGCACUGCUUUGGAGUUCAAAGAGACGUGGGAAAAGGAUGUUGGCACAAUCCUAAAUCUGUUUUGAAGAUGGAAAAUUAAACUUUCACUGGCGGUCACUUACCUCUUAUGUUAUUUUAUUGCUGGGGCUUGGAGUACAGCACCAUUUGACCACUUUUCUUUUCAUCUCUUUCAGAAUUCAUCCCUUGUCACGCUGUCGUUUUCUUCACCAGCUUUUAAUGGUUUCCUGGGACUAUCUGAAUGCACACAGACCUCUCAAUGGAAAGGUGUCUGUAUUAAUGAUACAAUAAGACACCUUUACAGUGUAAACUGUUAUAUAUAUAUAUUGUUCUGUUGUGUGCUGUUAGCUGUACCAGGAAAGCUGAAGUGAUUCACUGUCUUUAACCCUGCUGACAUUAGUGCUGCAAAGCCUCUCUGUGGGUGUAAGACCUUUCCUUCGGCUUCUCAGAGGAAUAAUCCUUGUAUUUGGCAAAGGGCUUGUGGGAGCAGGGUCUGACUGUGCAGCGUUUCUGGGGUGAAAGGUGGUGAAUAGAUGUGCAUGGUGCUUUACUCCUUAGGUGAGCUGGCCCUCUUCCAGCUGGCCGGCUGGUGGCACUGUUAAUCAGCUGCAGCAGCACUCGUUGCUCUCAGGUCUCUUUACAGAGAGCAGGGCCAUGUUCUCCUGCCUGGAAAAAAAUACUAACUCUUUGCCAGAAUGAAAGUGUCAGUUCUGCUUUUCUCUUGGUCAGCUUCAGUGAAUGCUUAACGUGUCAUUUCGAUCUGAAGACUCAAGGCUCUGUUCCUCUACCUCUUGAUUUCCUUUAUAUUUAUUGCCUUUUAAUAGGUUUAAUUCUUGAGUGCUCCAGCAAGUGUGGAUUUGUUCCACAGCUACAUGCACACCUGUAGUCACAUCUUAACCCAGCUACAGGUUCUCUGGCCACCAUUGAGUAUACCCUAUAUUACUGCUACAGCCAGGUAUUCCUAUUUAAGACCUCAUGCUUUCCUUUGUAUCCAGGAGAAGCUGGGACUGUGUCCCCAUCCUUUUAGCAUGUCUGACUGGAGUUAUUAAGGAGCGAAGGGCAUGAUUUCUUGCCUAUAAGAUUUCAGCUGAAUCCUCAACUGCAUUUUGUAGGAUCUCCGCCAAAUGAAGCUUUCCUACUUUGCUACCCACCACCAUUUCUCUUUAUUUGGACAGAAAUUGUGUAUUUUGGAUGAUGAAUUCCAUAAAGGGCUCUGUAGCUUUUUUUUUUUGCUAGUUGCUAUGCAAAAUAAAUGUCAUGCUGUUUCUUCA